AGCCUCUCGCCUCACCCCACUAGCUCGGCCCUAGCAACCAUGCCCCGCCCCUAUUACUGGCCCACAGCCAUUGGCUAACUCGCUUGAUCUGGAUCAGGUAUUGGUCAGCCGGGGCGCCGGUCAGGAAGAGUCCCCACCCUCUUAUGUAGGUGAGAGGCGGCUGAAGAGUUACUGUAUUCUGGGAAUGGGCAGGGUCACUUGUCCGAACAGAGUCCUAUCCUACGCGGCUGAAGCGUGUGCCCUUUGACUUGCAUCAUCUAGCUACCUCUGCCAUCGUCUAUCAGCCGCAACUCCGAGGGCUGGAGCCAACUUCAGGACUGAUUGAUCAUGACUUCUAUAAAGGAGCAGGCAGCAAUUAGCAGGCUCUUAAGUUUUUUACAGGAGUGGGACAACGCUGGCAAAGUUGCAAGGAGUCACAUCCUCGACAAGUUCAUUGAAACCAACCAAGGCAAGACUGCCCCUGAACUGGAGCAGGAGUUUUCCCAGGGAGCCAGUUUGUUCCUGGUACGCUUGACCACCUCACUUAGAAUCACCUAUAUGACUGACUCAUGUUUAGAAAAGCUUCUCAGGUCCAUUGGCAUCUUCUUAUCAGCUGUAAGCAGUAAUCGAUACCUUAUAGAAUUUCUUGAGGUUGGAGGUGUCCUAACACUCUUGGAAAUACUUGGGCUGGAGAAGAUCAAGGAGGAAGCCAAGAAGGAAUCUGUCAAACUCCUUCAGGUUAUUGUGAAUUCUGGCAGGACAUACAAGGAGCUCAUUUGUGAAAGCUAUGGUGUACGAUCCAUAGCAGAAUUUUUGGCAAAGUCUAAGUCAGAAGAGACCCAGGAGGAAGUGCAGGUUCUGUUGGAUUCUUUGGUCCACGGCAAUCCCAAGUACCAAAAUCAAGUGUAUAAAGGUCUAAUAGCUUUGCUGCCCUGCGAGUCCCCAAAAGCCCAGCAGCUGUCCCUGCAGACUCUCAGGACUGCCCAGCCAAUCAUUGGGACCACACACCCCAGCAUCGUGGACUGCGUGCUGAAGGUGCUGGGCACGAUGCACCUGGAAGUCCAGUAUGAAGCCAUCGAGUUGAUCAAGGACCUGGUCGGUUACGAUGUGCGCCAGGCGCUGCUCAAGGGCCUCGUGGAGCUGCUGAUACCGUCGGUCAAGGAGAACUCCAAACUGCAGGCCAAGAUCCUCAGUGACCCCUCGGUUCUCCAGCUCACCCCCAGCCUGCCGAUGUUUUUGCAGCAGGCCGCGGCCGCCAAGGCCAUCGGGGUCCUGGCGCGCAACGACAUGAGCAUCGCCGAGGAGCUGCUGUACCUGCGCGUGGUGCGUGGCCUAAUGGCCGCCAUGGGCAACAAGGACCACAGCAACAGCCAGCGGCUGGCCAGUCUCACGCUGGAGUACUUCGUGCAGAUGUUCCCCUUGGUGGCAGAGCACGUGCGCAAGUGCAUGGGGGAGGAACUCUACCAGCUCUUCCUGAGCAACGCUGAGGACUUGUACAUGAAAAUAGACAGCAUUCAGGCGGACAUCUUGGCGGCCAACAAAGUCAAUGUUACCAAAGCCCUGUGCCUCCAUGGCAGCUCCCACAGCAUGAACGCUCUCUAUGGCUCGCGUGAUUCAGCUCAGAUGGCCUACCUCACACACUUCGAGGAGGAUGUAGAAUCAAAGGAGUAACAGCCCCUGUGGCAAACCAGGAAUGCCAAGGCUGCGGGGCAGGGAAGCCGGGCAAGAGGAAGGCGCCUGGGGUCAAGCUCAGAGCCACUCCACUUGGCUCCAGGCGGGAGACGGGGAUUAGACACCCCAGAGGGGCAGAGGGAGAGCCGCUGGCUGCGAAGAGUCAAUAAACAGCCUUGAUACCUGUC